AGGCGGCACCCAGGGGCCGGGGCAGAGGAGGCCGGGACCAUCGCAGUGACAGUUUAUUUUCCUGCGGCGGCGGCGGCAUCAGGGACGGCUGCUGCAGGCUCGGGAUCGCCAGGCCUGCGCGUGGGUUUUCGAGGGAGCUCUCUGCGCUGGGCGCUGGGGAGCUACGGCAGCGAAGGGGAGGAGGAAGAGAGGAACGCACAGAAGCCAAACGAGUGAAUGUAGCAAAGCUCCAUCAGUCCGCAGAGAAGCGGAGGAGGGUCGGCAGAGUGAAGGGAGCGGGCGCCUGCUCGCUGGGUGCCCUAUCACCCUACUGCAGUGCCUUCUAGCAAAAGCCACCGCUGCCCGGGCUGCAGCGGCCAGACGGAUGCCAAGGCCACACGGCAGGCGCGGGGACAGCCGCUGCAGUCGCCAUCCCACGCGGGCUCCGGACAUCAGGGGCUGCUGAUGAAGUGAUUGAGAAGAAACAAUAAACACCAUCGUUUUGUAGACAGGACAACAUGGAUCAGCCGUUAACGGUGAAUUCCCUGAAAAAGUUAGCUGCCAUGCCGGACCACAGGGAUGUUUCCCUCAGCCCGGAAGAGCGAGUCCGUGCCCUAAGCAAGCUGGGUUGUAAUAUCACCAUCAAUGAAGAUAUCACUCCGCGCCGCUACUUUAGAUCCGGAGUAGAAAUGGAGAGAAUGGCGUCCGUGUAUUUGGAAGAAGGAAACUUGGAAAAUGCCUUUGUUCUUUAUAAUAAAUUUAUAACUUUGUUUGUAGAAAAGCUUCCUAACCAUCGAGAUUACCAGCAAUGUGCAGUACCCGAAAAGCAGGAUAUUAUGAAGAAACUGAAGGAGAUUGCAUUCCCAAGGACAGAUGAAUUGAAAAAGGACCUUUUAAAGAAAUAUAACAUAGAAUACCAAGAAUAUUUGCAAAGCGAAAACAAAUAUAAAGCUGAAAUUCUCAAAAAACUGGAGCAUCAGAGAUUGAUAGAGGCAGAAAGGAAGCGGAUCGCUCAGAUGCGCCAGCAGCAGCUAGAAUCGGAGCAGUUCUUGUUUUUCGAAGAUCAGCUCAAGAAGCAAGAAUUAGCCCGGAGUCAGAUGCGAAGCCAGGAAACUCCAGCGCAGUCAGAGCAGAUUGAUGGGAGUGCUUUGUCCUGCUUUUCCACACACCAGAACAAUUCCUUGCUGAAUGUAUUUGCAGAUCAGCCUAAUAAAAGUGAUGCAACCAAUUACGCUGGCCACUCACCUCCCGUAAACAGGGCCUUAAAGCCAGCUGCAACUCUAAGUGCUGUUCAGAAUUUAGUGGUUGAAGGACUGAGAUACGUCGUUUUAUCAAGAGAUCUUUGCCACAGAUUUCUGCUCCUGGCAGAAUCUAAUACAGUGAGAGGAAUAGAAACCUGUGGAAUACUCUGUGGGAAACUGACGCAUAAUGAAUUUACUAUUACCCACUUAAUCGUGCCAAAACAGUCUGCAGGACCAGACUAUUGUGACGUGGAGAAUGUAGAAGAAUUAUUUGGUGUUCAGGAUCAGCACAAUCUCCUCACUCUGGGAUGGAUCCAUACACAUCCAACCCAAACUGCGUUCUUAUCCAGUGUUGACCUCCACACUCACUGUUCUUAUCAGCUCAUGUUGCCAGAGGCCAUUGCCAUUGUCUGUUCACCGAAGCAUAAAGACACCGGCAUCUUCAGGCUCACCAGUGCUGGCAUGCUUGAGGUUUCCGCUUGUAAAAAGAAGGGCUUUCAUCCACACACCAAGGACCCCAGGCUAUUCAGUGUGCAAACCCAACUAACCAGACUUCCCAGGAGGACCUUGUCACAGAGCUGAAGGACUCCUGGAGGCUGCAAACCUAUGACUCGCUCUGCGUGGAAGAAUGAGUUCCUGAUGUUCUGUGUCUGAAAGAGGAACCAUCAGAGAUGUGGCCAUGCCGCGGAGGGCUGGGCUGGCCGGGAGCAGAGCCCACGUGAGUCACCGUGGAGGCCCGUAUGAGUGUGAGUGUGUGUGUGUGUGCGUGAGUGGGUGGGUGUGUGACCAUAGACGUUCCCUGGAAGAGCUUCCUCUGGAAGAUCUCAUUCCCAGCAGGCAGUGCAGCUCCCUCUUUUGAAUAUGAAUCCAUUCCAGAGCCCCAUUUGCCACUUCCUUACCUUCGAAGGCAAAGCUAGUUCAUUUCUUUUCAGAUUUGUGCUUCUGUAGAAAAUGAACCAAUUACACCUGAGCUUCCUUUGUAUUUUUUAAAAAUUUUUAUUGGACUAUAGCUGAUUACGAUGUGGUGUUAGUUUCUGCUGUACAGCAAAGUGUAUCAGUUAUAUAUAUAUAUAUAUAUAUAUAUAUAUAUGGCCCCACUCUUUUUUAGAUUCUUUUCCCAUAUAGGUCAUUACAGAGUAUUGAGAAUUUCCUUUGGUUUUGAAUGCUGGUCUGUUUGUACUCAGUGCCUGACACCUGGUAUGUACUUGUUAUGGGCUGAGUUGUGUCCCCCCCGCAGAAUUCACGUGUUGAAGUCUCAGCCCCCAGUACCUCAGAAUGUGAAUGUAUUUGGAGAAAGAACCUUUAGAGAAGUAAUUGAAUUAAAAUUUGGCCACUAGAGGGGGCCCUAAUCCAAUGUGACUGGUGUCCUUACAAGAAGAAGAGAUCAGGACACAGACACAGAGGGAAGACUCUGUGAUGACACAGGGAGAAGAUGGCCGUCUACGGGGAGAGAGGCCUUAGAGGAAACCAAAUCUGCCAACACCUUGAUCUCUUACUUCCAGCCUCCAGAACUGUGAGAAAAUAAAUUUCUGUUGUUUAAGC